UGCUCACAACCCGUCCGGACAGGACCUGGACCUGGUCUGGAGGCAGCCUCGCUAAAUCCCAGACCAGGAGGAGGACGAUAUGGACCGAGCGAAACCGACACCCGAGCCGUUCUAGGCCCGAUGGACGCUAUAACCUGGAUUUAGUUUUGAGUGGAAUAAAUCCUCUCCAUCUCGGUUCGCUCAGACGGAUUAAAAGAAACCGAAUCAUUCUAAUCGGAAUUCCGCUCAGGAUUAGGCUGAUCCUGGUUUCAAGUGGACUCCGCCUGGUCCCGCGGACACAGUACUGGUUGUGGUCACCAUGCCGACGUCCCGGCCCGGUUCGGAGCCGGUGGAGUUCUGGGUGGACGGUUCUCGGAGGGACGGGACGGUGGAGGAGUUUUACACCCUGAGUUCCGAACUGGGCAGAGGAGCGACGUCCAUCGUGUAUCGCUGCGAAGAAAAAGAGAAGAAGAAGCCGUACGCCGUCAAAGUCCUCAAGAAAACGAUCGACAAGAAGAUUGUUCGGACAGAAAUCGGCGUCCUGCUGCGCCUCUCCCACCCAAACAUCAUCCAGCUCAAAGAGAUCUUUGAGACGGACACCGACAUCGCCCUGGUUCUGGAGCUGGUGACCGGAGGAGAGCUCUUUGACAGGAUCGUGGAGCGCGGCUACUACAGCGAGAGAGACGCCGCCCACGUCAUCAAGCAGAUCCUGGAGGCCGUGGCGUAUUUACACGAGAACGGCGUCGUGCAUCGCGACCUCAAACCCGAGAAUUUACUCUACGCCGACCUUUCGCUGGACGCGCCGCUCAAGAUUGCCGACUUUGGUCUUUCUAAAAUAAUCGAUGAUCAGGUGACCAUGAAGACUGUGUGUGGGACGCCAGGGUACUGUGCUCCUGAGAUCCUUCGAGGGAACGCUUACGGCCCAGAAGUGGACAUGUGGUCGGUGGGCGUCAUCCUCUACAUCCUGCUGUGCGGCUUCGAGCCCUUCUUCGACCCGCGCGGGGACCAGUACAUGUACAGUCGCAUUCUCAACUGCGACUACGAGUUUGUCUCCCCCUGGUGGGACGACGUGUCGCUCAACGCCAAAGAUCUGGUGAGCAAGCUGAUCGUGUUGGACCCUCGCAAGCGUCUGAGCGUGCGCCAGGCACUGCAGCACCCGUGGGUGCUGGGCAAGGCGGCGCGCUUCUCGCACAUGGAUACCACCCAGAGGAAGCUGCAGGAGUUCAACGCUCGCCGCAAACUGAAGGCGGCCAUGAAGGCCGUGGUGGCCACCAGCCGGAUGCACGAGGGCUCGCGGCGUCGGACCGACAGCUGCGAGAUGGCGGCGUCGGCGACGUCCCGCCAGAGCAGCGUGCAGCAGGACCCGCCUCCUGACACUACGGAGCCCACCCCCAAAGACAAGGAGGCCACGCCCUCAGACAGUCAAACAACGCCGACGGACAAAAGGAGCCCCUCCCCUUCUCGCAGCCCCGAACCGCUCAAGCUGGACGCUCCUCCCACUGAGCCCGCCCCCUCCCGACCGCCGCUGCGUGCCGACGGGCUGCGGCAGGCGUCUGUCGUCACGAAGUCCAUGGUGGUCUCGCCCAGACCUCCCCAGAAAAGCUACUCGGUGGUCCUCCCUGCAACGAGGGCUCAGGCCACGCCCCCCAGUCCCAACAGCCUCAGCAACGGCUUUGCAUCAGGGGCGGAGCCUGCCAGUAAGACCUCCCACUGCCAAUGAGCCCCUUUAGUUGGGCUCCCCGCACAGAGACGCUUCCAGAAGAAAAGUACUGCAUGGACGCUAGCUACUUAUGUAAAUAUACGUUAGCCUCACGGACAACAAACAUUUUAAUUUGACUUCAAAGUGCAUGAAAUCAUAAUAUAUCCCCUUGGCUACUGCGCUAGCUCACGCUGGUGAUGCUGUCAGUUUAUGUUUUAAAGCGUACGCUUCUUUAAAGAUUGUAUUCUUGACGCCAUGGUUAGCACAUUAGCGUUUAGCUUAGCCCCAGCGCUCACUCUGAGGCCCAACAGCAACUUUUCGUGGUCUCGUUUGUCGUGUUUCCCGUCACCUUCUGACGCUCAUCUUGGCUUUCCUUAGCUUAGCAUCCACGUCCAAUUCCGGGAGACUUCCUGGUUGCUUGGCAACGGGUGCUGCUGAUGUAAACAGGAAGUCUUUAAUAACAAGGCCACGGAUGACUUCUUGUUCCACUUUCAAAAUUACUUUAGCGUAGCUUCACUUUAGCCACAUUUUGAUGCCAAGCUAAUUUUCUCGGCGUGUUUGGAACACUUCCUGUUUACAACGACAACCACUUGGACUUACUGAUGCAUGCUGGUUCGCAUACCGUUAGCGUGUCAUUGGGCACAUGACUUCCUGCUUGGCUACAAGUGUGCAUGCGGAGGCGGUGGGGUGGGGCUCGGUGUAAAUAGUGUUUCUGUGUGGUCACAUGACACAGACGGGAAGUGACAGCAGUAAAGUUUCCAUCAUUAGAAA